AUGUCGACGUCCACGCUGGAUAGAAUCGUCAAGGGCGCUCCGCCGCCCGACGUGUCUCUCGACCAGGUCGCACAGUCCGCCCGCCGCGAGAGCACCACCACCAAGUCGCAUUCACACACUCGCUCACGAGGGGACUCCAUCACCACGCCCCACCCACCUCCCACCUCCCAGUCCGAUCCUCUCAACAACCUGCCCUCAUCGCCUGAGCAGAUCAAGCUCAAUCUCCUCAUCCUCGAAUCUUCUCUCCGCGCCCAGUACCUCUGCCUCCAUGCCCGCUUACGCCUCUACCUCGUCUUGAUGACCGCCCUCGCCCUCUGGAUCUCGACCUUUACAUAUCUGCUCUUUCUCCGUCCGCGCGAAGAUGGCAAGGGUACCGGUGGCUCUCCCUACUGGGUUGUCGACAUUGCCGAACGCCUAGGCUGGGUUGGAGGCCUUGUGACUGCUGGUCUUGUCUGGGGAACUGGAAUGUGGGAUCGCGGCAUCCGCUGGCCGAGGAAGUGGGUCAACAUUACAAACAGAGGUCUACGAGGCUUCAACCUCAAACUUGUCGUCAUUCGUGGCCCUUGGUGGAAGGAAGCUCUUGGCUACCUCUUCUUCUUGGAUCCUUGGGGUUGGUGGGGUCACGUCAAAGGCAUGCGCUUCGAGUUUAUGCCAAAAGACAUUGAAAAAUCUGCACUUGAGAACAAGGACAAGGUCGGCCUAUGGGAGACUGGAGGCCGCCAUGGCUGGAUUGAAGAAGACGUUGCACCCGGUGGAGACGUCAUCAAGCUCCUCUUGCUACCAAAACCUUUCUCGCCCGACUUCCGAGAGGACUGGGAUACAUACAGACAUAAUUAUUGGGAGAAGGAAAACGAGAGACGCGCACAGCUGAGAGCUAUCAUCAAGACAAGAAGGAGGCAAUUGGCAAAACAAGAAGGUGGCUGGCUGUGGUGGACUGGCUGGAGGGGUUGGAAUCGUCUGCGACACCCGACAAGACCCAAUCACGAUCAAUUGAACAGGAUGCAACGCGAAGCUUUGCGCGAGAAGCAAAGUCUAUCUCAUAUGAGAGAGAAGAAGGCCAGGCCGAGCUCCAUCUUGCGAGAUAACAGCCACUCGCGUUCAAGUUCAAGGAGCUCAACCCCUNNGAAUCGCUUGGUCGUCGGUCUGAGGAGAAGCUACGCAGAAUGA